AUGGAUCUAAGGAAGGCUGCUGCUCUGUGUCUGGGGCUGUGGAGCGCCUGGCUCUGGGCUGGGCAGAGCCCCCAGGCUGCAGCAGUGCUCCCCUAUACUUCCCACAGACAAGCUGCAAGGAGGGCACUGCCAGCUAGCCAUGCACUGGGCACUUUACACAGGGAUGGCCUCAACCACUUCACCUCCAGAAAAGACUCCAGUGCAAAGGGUGCAGUGGUGCCCCAUGAGUACAUGCUGGCCCUGUACAAGAGAAUGGCCAGCUCUGGGCACAGAGGACUACCAGGCAAUGCCACCAGGGCAGGGGCCAACACUGUCACCAGCUUUGUGGACCAGCAGCAAGGCGAUGCUUCACCGCUGUCCUUUGUACAGAAGUACACGUUUGAUAUCAGCACUUUGUCUUCCUUGGAUGAAAUAAUAGGGGCCGAGUUAAGGAUUCUACGCAAAGCCCCAGAAAAUAUUAGUGGGAUUCUUCCCGAGUCUGGAAGUCUGGUGCACCUCUACCUUUACACAUGUGCCACAACUUGGGAAGAAGCCACACUUCUAGACUCUCGAUCUGCCAACUUGCUGGACACUUUUUCAAAGUGGGAGGUAUUUAAUGUCUUGAAGGUCAUGGGAAACAAAAGAAAGGGUCCCAGUGAGUCUUUGUGCUUCAUUCUGAAGAUGGUCUCUGAUCUUACCUUAUCCUAUUUGCCACUGAUCCAACUUGGGUUUCAUCGACUAGGUCUAUCAGAUCCUGAAAAGGCCUUACUGGUGGUCUCUUCCUACUCUAAGAGGAGAGAGAACCUUUUCAAGGAAAUCAGGGACAAAAUUAAAUCCAUGGAGAACCCCAAAAUGAUAGACCUGCCUGAUUACAGUCAAAGAUCCGUUAUCAAAAGAAGAAGAAAACGUCAAACUCUACCAAAUAGGACAAGUCAUAACAGUAAAGGGCAAGGCAAGAAAUCGAAGACGAGAUGUAGUAAGAAGCCCCUUCAUGUCAAUUUUAAGGAGUUAGGCUGGGACGACUGGAUCAUAGCCCCCUUGGAUUAUGAGGCUUAUCACUGUGAGGGGGUAUGUGAUUUCCCAUUGAGGUCACAUCUGGAACCUACUAACCAUGCCAUUAUUCAAACUUUAAUGAACUCCAUGGACCCUGAGUCCACUCCACCAAGCUGCUGCGUCCCUUCAAAACUCAGCCCAAUCAGUAUUUUAUAUAUAGACUCUGGUAAUAAUGUAGUCUACAAACAGUAUGAGGACAUGGUGGUAGAAAACUGUGGUUGCAGGUAGCACUUGCUGCUGCCUAAAAUAUAUGUAUGUGCUUCUGUACUUUUUAACUCAAAACAAAAACACAAGCAAAAAAGGCAAGCCAAGGUAAACCUAGAAAUGUUUUGGUUUUCCUGUGUGUCAUUCAAUAAUUUCUUAAAUGUAUUUGGACAUACUGUAUAUUAAAGGGAAGGACAAAUCCCAGGUGCCUGGUGGCCAAGCCACCUAAAAAAAAAACAUGCUGGCUCUUAACUUUUUUGGGUUGUCUAAAAAAAAGUUUUAAUAUCUGCGUAACUCAAAAAUCAGGAUGACUUGACUUGUAGUCUAACUGGUUGUCUUCUUCUUUCAAAAAGUUUUAAACAUUAUGUCCUCUUUGAAACCCUCAUUGGCCAGAGGAAGGUAACAAUUUUGUGAGCACAUUUUUGCUCGGAAAAAUAGUUGUCAACUUUUAUGGUUUCCACUAACAAUUGGAAUGUAUAGGCAGCAUUACAAUGUUUUUAUAGUCCUGGCUUUAUGAAGGCAAAGGGCAGUGUUGUAUACAGCAUACAGUAUAAAAGGAGUCAUUCAUGGUUUGGUAAACUUCAGCUAAAACUAGAGGUCCCUGGAUGCACUGCUUAAAAAGUAUUCUGGAAGUACUGUAGAACAUUGGACAAGAGGUUAGGACUUGUUCUACCAUAACUAUUACAGAGAGUGAUAGCCAAUGGAAUAGACUUUGGGCAACCCAAACAUAGCCUUGACUAUUCAGGAGGGUGACUAUAUCUAUAUCUCCUGCUAUUGCUUCCACCACAUGGUGCCUUUUAUAAUAAGAUAGUUCUGGGGGAAAAAAUCAUGCCACAGCACUGAGGACUAGUCAUCAUGUUCAGUUCCCUGGGGCUCUGUCCCGAAAUUGGUGGUAGAGUAUAGGUAUAUGUGUCACCUAUAGUGUGAUGAGUAAGGCUGAUGGAUCACCUUGGAAGCAUAGAAAAUACAUUCAAGCUCGUGCUCAGGUGUGGCAUGGUGACCCUAUAUUUUCUGAUAGAACUUACAGUAUAUUAAAAGUAUAUAGCUAUGGAGAGCAAAGGGUUGGUCCCAGUCCAUAUGGACAGGAGGCAUUUGCAUACAUUUGGGAACCUAGAGAUUAUAUAUAUGAUAAAAAAGGAAAGGAAUUCCCAGCGUUUUGUCUCUAAUGCCGAAUCUCAACAUAUUGACCUGAAUUCAGCAAAUCUGUUUAGUCAGAUGAUCUCAUCGUUCCUUGCCAAGGAAUUGCUUCAGAGCAGGAUAUAAUAUGUGCUGUGCUCCAUACCCAGUAAGGGUGGACAGGUCGUGUUCAGGAAAAAUUACAUCUCAAAUCUGAAAUUUACUUUAGCUUUAAAUCUCGACUACAUGCAACAUUAUCCUGGAAAGAUCCAGAAAAGGGAUUCCCAUGAAUUCCCAUUCAAUAUCAGAACUACAGUAAAAUUUCAUUAUUCCGGAAUCCGAUAGUCCAAGUUUG